AUGGGUAACCAUACUAUUCUGUUAUUACAAGCACACCCAGGACAAUCUUCCAGAACUUACUUCGAUUUCCCUACAGAAAGCGAGGCAAUGGACCACAUUGCUGGCUUAUACGAAGUUCGUCUUGCAAAAGAGAAUCCCAAUGCGGGACAAGUACAAUACAGAGCCGAAGAUCUGUUCAGAUUUAUUGACACAUACAAAGAAUUCGUCGCACUUGUGUUUGAUCCAAAUACUCUUACAUAUCAACCACGCGAUAAAGAUUGGAUCAAAGAUUGCCUGAUUGCUCAUUUUAGUGGGCAGCAAGCAGAGGAACUUCCACCAGUGAAUCAGCAGCCUAGACAAAAUAGCAGCCAUAACCAACGCCGUAGACGCCAUUAA